UGAGGUUGAACACAAAUACUGCGUUACUUCCAUAUGGUGAGCUGUGGCGCCGUCACCGCCGAUGGCUGCAAGCCGCAGUUCUGGACAAGCACAUGCUUGACAGCCUAUCGUCCUCUCCAAAGGAGAGAGAUUAUCCGGCUACUGGAUGGGUUGAUUCAAGCGCCUAAUGACUUCUCGUCGCAUGUCAAAGGGUGAGCUACGCUGUCAGCGCUACAACUCUUCUGACGUUGCUUUCAAAUUUCUCGGGGCUCUUGUUAUGGAGAUCGGAUAUUGCCACACUGCAAAGUCGCCCGACAACGAUGAGUUCAUUCGGCUGGUUGUGACGGACGCAUUGGAAGCUGGGAGUCUUGAGGCUACGUUAUCGACUUCUUUCCUAUCCGUGAGUGGCGUACCCUUGGUGUGCGGGAAGACUAUUGAGCUAUUUAAUUUCUAUCUACCUCUUGUUUAUUUUAGUGAGAACACGCCGUCGUGGAUCCUUGGAGCCAAUUUCAAGAGAAAGGCCUACUUCUAAAGGUUCCAUACAAAUUGGUCAAAGAGGUGAUGGCAUCAGGCACAGCGAAGCCAUCAUUUAUGAGUUCAAUUC